AUGCUUUACCUUUCCUGCUCAGAUGCAUGCUGGGCGUAUGCGGUGGUGGCGAGUGUCGAGGCGGCAUACGGCAUUGCAAAGCAGCAGAGCGCUCCUCGGCUGUCAGUGGAGGGUCUCUUUGCCCUCAUGGGUCUCACUGAUUCAGACAAGUGCUCUGCUGGCGGCUCCCCCACCCAAGCUUUUGAGAUGCUCACAGCUCUCGAUGCCUCCAGUGGGUUCACAGGGGACAGUGACCCGGCAACAACAGCACUAUCAGCACCACUUGCACCGCUCUCUAGUUUCAUAACUCUGCCAAGCUCCCCCAAACUAACCCACUUCCCAUCUUUUCCCAUGCAAUGCAACAAUGCUGCCCUCUCGUCCAACAAUGCUUCCCUCUCGUGGUCCCAGGUAACAACAUAUCAGGUGCAGGCGUUUGAACGAGCGCGGUUCAAGGGGUAUGUGGGGCUCAUGCCGGCAGUGCAGCGGCAGCCAGUGGUGGUUCACAUCGAGGCGUCUCCAACCUUCAUGCUCUAUGAUGGGACAUUCAAGUACCAGGAUCCUGGUUGUUACACGGGCAAUCUCAACCACGUCGUACUCGUUAUUGGCUACUUUAUUACAAGAAACGAUGGCAGCCAGAACCGCAUUGCUCCUCCGUUUUGGAUCAUCCGCAACUCGUGGGGAGAAGAGUGGGGCAAGAGAGGGAACAUGCGCAUGGACAUUCAGGGAGGGGAUGGCGUGUGUGGCAUUAACGUGCUGCCUGGCAUCUACCCCAUCAUCAAGAAAGUCUCCAAGCUGCAGGGGCCAGAGCCACCCACCCACCCCAGAACACGUGUGGCAGUGGACGUUUGUGGGUCAGUCUCCAACACCACGGCCACCACAAUGACAGUCAGUGGCGACAACUGGUGGUGCUCUGAUGUUCAUCCCCUUGUUGGCCUCUCACUGAUUGACUUCACUGACCAAAACAUAGGUAUUGACUGCAGCCAGCCGAUGCCCAAGGGCAGUGUUCUUCAGCUGGAUGGUACUUCUGCCACACCCUGCACUGCCUUCUUCUAUACCCUCAACGGGGACACCUGUGCCUACAUCAGCAGACGGCUCAACUUCACAGAACCUGAUCUCACCGCACUCAACCCCGGCCUUGACUGCUCCAAGCCCAUCAAAGCCGGCCGCUCCGUGUGCAUCGAGCGCAGUGCUGCCUUCGCAUUCACCAUACCUGAGUGUGUGAGAUACGGCACGCUCACACCCCAAGACACGUGCGAGCGGCUGCUUCAGAGGACUGGCACUUCACCAGGAGGUGUCAGUGCCAUUGAGAAUCAAUGGGCUGCACUGUACCGCAACAAUCCUGGCCUCACUUGCUCUGCCACUAUCCCUUCCUCUGCCUCCGCUGUCGGCAGCAACAUUGGUGUACAGAUUUGCCUCACAGCAGAGUAUUGGUCGUUCACGAUGGAGAUAUGCAAGAAGGGUAGGAUCAAGCCUGUGCAGCCAUCAAUGCCAUGCUCAAGUGCUUACCGCUUCUAUCGAGCCAUUAUGCAGGACAAUAUCGCAUAA